GCGGCAAUUGCAAGGAGCCGCCUUCAUGCUGCCAGCGGACUGCUCGCGCCGGCUGGUGGCCGAGCUGCGGGGCGCCCUGGACGCCUGUGCAGAGCGACAACUGCAGCUGGAGCAGAGCCUGCGCGUCUGUCGUCGGCUGCUACGGGCCUGGGAACCAGUCGGGACCUUGGCCCCAGAGCCACUUCUAGGUCCAGAAACUAAAGAACAGGAUCCCUCUACAGCAUGUACACCCAGCCCCAAAGACAUCAAGGAGCUGGAACUUCUGACCCAGGCACUGGAGAAAGCUGUACGGGUGCGAAAAGGCAUUUCUAAGGCUGGAGAAAGAGAUAAGACCCCCAGCCUGAAAUCUGGGUCCUUUGCCACCUCUUCUGGCACCAUAGCUUCUACCCUACCCCAGGCCUCAGGCCAGGCUGGCAGCCGUGCAUCAGAUGCAAAAUGCACCAGGGACAUCCGCCAGACCACAGUGCCUGCCAAGGGCCACCCUGAGCACAGGCUUCCCUCAGCAGGGGAGAGGGCCCAUGUGAGGGAAGGAGCUCAAGCCACCAGGCCUGGGCCAAGGCUCAGGGACCAACAGGUGGCCCCAUCAGCUGCUCCUCAGAACCCAGAAGCCUUCACACUCAAGGAGAAGGGGAGCAUGCUGCAGCUUCCUACAGCCUUCAGGAAGGAAGCUUCCCAGAAUUCCCGCUUGUGGGCCCAGCUCAGCUCUGCACAGUCCAGGGAUUCCAUGGAUGCCAUUGCCGCCAAAACCCAGUUUCUUCAGAAGAUGCAGGCAGCUUCAGGCCAGCCUGGCCCUGCACUCAGUGCUGCUGAGGUGGAGGCAGAAAUGGGACACCUGAAGGAGGCCUGCUCACAGCUGAGACUGCGCAUGAGGGAGGAGCUCUCAGCAGCCCCCACGGACUGGACACAGGAAUACCGUUGCCUGCUCACCCUAGAGGGCCUGUGGGCCAUUGCCGGGCGGUGUCUCCACCGGCUGCAGCAGCUUCAUACAGUGCUGGCAGAGCAGCCACUGGGACCAUGUCCUGUGGGGAGGCCUUCCAGGGUCUCAGUAGCCUGUGGAGGUGGAGCGGAUCCCUCACGGAGCCCCCAGCUGCUGCUUUACUCCAGCACCCAGGAGCUGCAGACCCUGGCGGCCCUCAGACUGCGAGUGGCCAUGUUGAACCAGCAGAUUCACCUGGAAAAGGUCCUAAUGGCUGAACUCCUCCCCCUGGUGAGCUCGCAGGGGCAGCCCUCACUGGCAUUGUGUCGAGCAAUGCAUAGCCUGCUGUGUGAGGGAGGUGAGCGCUUCCUCACGAUCCUGCAUGAUGACCCUGACCCUGCAGACUGAAACCUUCCCAUGGCUGUCGCAACUUCUAGGCCUCAGGACCCUAUCAGGGAGAGCCCCAAAUAGGGGUGGAGGAACAAGGGGGUUCUCUCUGUUGCCAUGGAGGUGGGGACCAGCAAAGCCUGGGCCUUUCUGGGAAACAGGUUUCUGAAUUGGCACAGGGCAGCCUGACUCUUCUCAGCUAAGCCUGUUGGACAGGGCUGGCUUUCGGCCUUCCUGACACCAGGGACUAGGGGAGCCUUUCUGUUUUCUCUUGCUGUAAACCUAAGAGCUGCUCACAAGAUAUUAAAGGUACUUUGGAAAGUGUAUGUAUUUAAAUCAUAGCAAGGUGGGACUUGGUAGGAUGGCUUGUUUUUGUGUCUUUUUUUUUUUUUAUAAAGUAUGUAUAUCAUUGUUUGAUACUUAUUCCACUGGAUAAAAAAAAUACAUCAAGUGUAUUUGUCAAGAAUAUAACAAAGGGGCUUGGCACCUGUAUAGCUCAGCGGCUAGGGUACCAGCCACAUACCCUGGGGCUGGUGGGUUUCAACCAGGCCCGGGCCUGCCAAACAACAAUGACAUCUACAACAAAAAAUAGCUGGGCGUUGUGGCGGGUGCCUGUAGUCCCAGCUAUUCGGGAGGCUAAGGCAAGAGAAUCGCUUAAGUCCAAGGUUAGAGGUUGCUGUGAGCUGUGAUGCUACAGGACUCUACCAAGGGUGACAAAAUGAGACUCUUCUGCCCCCCCAAAAAAAAGAGUAUAACAAAGGAAGGGGCUUUUGCCCCAACACGCCUGAAACUGACACUCCACCCCCCCCCCACCAAGUUGCUGUACUAGGCUCAUUAGAAGAAACAAAAGCCAUAAACUAUUGUCAGUGGCACCUACUCACAGCCACCCAGCUCUCCUUCCUGCUGUCUUCUGGUGUAUCUCUAGGUCUCCUGCUAUGACAGGUGUGGGGUCUGCCUCGCUUAGGGUCAAGGCCCUUUUACCCCUUCAUU